AUUCUCGUUGCGAGUUCACAGUGACAACAAGUCAGUUCGGCCCAACCCAAUUAAGUCCACAAAAAAAAAUGAACAAAUUCUUCGUCCUUGCCGUUGCCACUUUGGCCUGCGUUCAAGUUGGAGCUGAUUCCUUUGAUGCGGCAGCCGAGACGAGGGAGUACAAGAGCGAUCUGAAGGAGGAUGGCAGCUAUGCCUAUCAGUACCAGACCUCCAAUGGAAUCGCUGGUCAGGAGUCGGGCGUGGGCGGAUACUAUGCCAGCGGCUCCAAUGCCUACUACGCCCCCGAUGGCCAGCUGAUCCAGCUGACCUACUCCGCCGAUGCCAAUGGAUUCCAUCCCGCCGGCGCCCAUCUGCCCACCCCUCCCCCCAUCCCGGCGGCCAUCCUCAAGUCCCUGGAGUACAUCCGCACCCAUCCCCACCAGGAGUCGCGUCAGGGUCAGGGUCGAUUCUAGACCACGUGGGGCAACCACAUGUUGAGCGU